AUGAAGUUCCCGGAGCAAACACUACUGGCAGUGCUGGCCUGCUUAUCGCUUUCGUACAGCCAGGAGGCAGGCGAAUUUCUGGAGGAACCCUGUGGGCUACCUCCCCAGCGAUAUAAAUUGGUUGGAGCCCGCAUAGCCCUGAUAGCCACCACUCCCUGGAUGGCAAUUAUCAUUGGUCCGGAGGGUUUUAGGUGCGGAGCCUCGCUGAUCACCAGCCAACGCCACAGCAAGGUGCGUUUGGGGGAGUAUGAUCGAGAGACAGAACGGGAUUGCAGGCACUCACAGUGCAUAGACCAGGCCCAGGAGUUCGAAGUGGAUGCCACAUUCAUCCACCAGGGUUAUGAACAGCAAAGGCAUGAUCUGGCUCUACUAAGGCUGGCCUUAAGGGUGCAGUACACAGGUUCAGUGAUCUAGUUGGAAAUGAAAAAGAUAUAUAUGAAGUAUAUAUACCGAUUUUGCAGCCAACAUCUUUCCCAUUUGCGUGCUCUUGAGGCCCUCGGUUCCGCAUCUCGAAGAUCACAUUGUCAAA